GAGAAGGCGGGGACCGGAGGACGCCAGCUGGCGGGGCGCGGCGCGGCGCGGCUCCAGAGGAUGCUGAGCUCCUGUCCGGCCCGGCCCCGAGCUCAUGAUGGCCAUCCGGGAGCUCAAAGUCUGUCUCCUCGGGGACACCGGUGUCGGGAAAUCGAGCAUUGUGUGUCGCUUUGUCCAGGAUCACUUUGACCACAACAUCAGCCCAACCAUUGGGGCAUCUUUUAUGACCAAAACCGUGCCUUGUGGAAAUGAACUUCAUAAGUUCCUCAUCUGGGACACUGCCGGUCAGGAACGGUUUCAUUCACUGGCUCCCAUGUACUAUCGUGGAUCCGCAGCAGCUGUCAUAGUGUAUGAUAUUACCAAACAGGAUUCAUUUCAUACCUUGAAGAAAUGGGUGAAAGAACUGAAAGAACAUGGUCCAGAAAACAUUGUGAUGGCUAUCGCUGGAAACAAGUGCGACCUCUCAGAUAUUAGGGAGGUGCCCUUGAAGGAUGCUAAGGAGUAUGCAGAGUCCAUUGGUGCUGUUGUGGUUGAGACCAGUGCAAAGAACGCAAUUAACAUAGAAGAGCUCUUUCAAGGAAUCAGUCGCCAGAUCCCACCGUUGGACCCCCAUGAAAACGGAAACAACGGAACAAUCAAACUGAAGCCAACUUCGCAGGCCGGCCGGCGGUGCUGCUGACCUGGGGCUGGGGUCCCCUGUGCUUGAAGAGGCCGGAGCUCCCCUCCCCGUGCGCUGCUGCGCUGCUGCGGGGGCCUCCCACCCUCGGUGGCCUGGCCCCUGGCUCAGAGGGAGUGGAAAGUGGUACAUCGGGGCGCUAAAGAUGACUUCCCUUGCAAACCAUAGACGGCUGAAGACCUAAAGCCAACAUUUAGCCAAGCAAAGGGCUGGGACCCACCGAGGACCGAGGGAGGCUCGGGUGACCAGAGUAUGCCCCCUGAGAUCAAGGAACGUGGCCUGUGAUGGCUGAAACUGGCUCCCCUCAGGGGCCCUGCUUCUCCCUGCUCUGCCAUGCUCAUUGCAACUUGAAGAAAGAGUGGGCUCAUAAGUAAAAGGACUCCAAGCCUCAUUCAGACCUAUUAGGUUCUGGUUUAACCAUGAAACCAGACCCAGUGAUCCAUUGUCACCGCUCAGUUGUGUAAACUGCUCCCUUUCUCGUGUUUUUGUAAAGGGCUUCUGUCUGGGCUGGACCCAGUUCUCAUGUAUAGAAGACGCUGCUGCAGACAUUAGGACCUUUCCACCUUAUAUUCUGUAGUAAAGCAUUGCCCUCCACAUCGUCCAAUUGUAUCUGUUAUUUUUGGUUUAACACACACUGAUUCAUACUAAUAAAUCUUUUAACUUUUA